GUUGCAGGUGUAGCUGACAGGUCGGGGCGGACGUGUGGAAAGUGCGUAUGCGGAUCGUCUCUCGCUCAGGGGGAGAGAGACAUGGCGUGCUUGCUGGAGGCCCCUCUACGCAUCAGCGUGUUAUCGGAAGUCACAGCCACCAGUCGCCAUUAUGUUGACCGGCUCUUCGACCCCGACCCACAGAAAGUGCUCCAGGGAGUCAUCGACAUGAAGAACGCUGUUAUUGGAAACAACAAACAGAAGGCCAACUUGAUAGUGUUGGGAGCUGUGCCCAGGCUCUUGUACUUACUCCAGCAGAGCUCAUCCAGUGCGGGGUUGAGGACAGAGUGUGCAGUGGUGUUAGGCAGCCUGGCCAUGGGCACCGAGAACAACAUCAAGUCCCUGGUGGACUGUCACAUCAUCCCCGCGCUGCUGCAAGGUCUCUUGUGUCCUGACCUGGUCUUUAUCGAGUCGUGUCUGCGCUGCUUAAGAACAGUGUUCAUCAGUCCUGUCACGCCGGUGCAGCUACUCUACACGGACCCCACUGUGAUCCCUCACCUGAUGUCUCUACUGAGCCGGUCCCAGCGCACACAGGAGUACAUCACCCAGAUCUUUUCUCACUGCUGCAAGACUGCAGAGCAUCAGACAGUUUUGUUCAACAACGGUGCAAUCGAGAACAUCGCGCCACUGCUCACUUCACCAUCCUAUAAGGUGCGCAUGCAGGCGUUAAAAUGUUUCUCCGUCCUUGCAUACGAGAACCCUCAGGUCUCCAUGACGCUGGUGAAUGUGCCGGUGGACAGCGAGCUGCUCUCUCAGGUUUUUGUGCGGAUGAUGCAAAGAGAUAAACCCAUCGAAAUGCAGCUGACUGCAGCCAAAUGUUUAACAUACAUGUGUCGAGCAGGUGCCAUCAGGACAGAUGACAGCUGUAUCAUACUAAAGACUCUACCGUGCCUGGUGCGCAUGUGCAGUAAGGACCGUCUGUUGGAGGAGCGGGUGGAGGGGGCGGAGACGCUGGCCUACCUGCUGGAGCCGGAUGUGGAGCUCCAGAGGAUAGCGAGCGUCACGGAUCACCUGGUGGCCAUGCUCGCCGACUACUUCAAAUACCCCAGCUCAGUCAGCGCCAUCACUGACAUCAAGAGGCUGGAUCAUGACUUGAAGCACGCACAUGAGCUGAGGCAAGCAGCCUUCAAACUCUACGCCUCUCUCGGCUCUAACGAUGAAGACAUUAGGAAAAAGAUCACUGAGACGGAGAACAUGAUGGACAGGAUAGUGAGUGGCCUGUCUGAGUCCAGCAUAAAGGUCCGCUUAGCUGCUGUCAGGUGUCUGCACAGUUUGUCACGAUCGGUACAGCAGCUAAGGACAAGUUUCCAUGACCAUGCGGUGUGGAAGCCACUAAUGAAGUUGUUACAGAAUGCCCCAGAUGAAGUGCUAGUCAUGGCCUCUUCAACACUAUGCAACCUGCUACUGGAGUUUUCACCCAGCAAAGAGCCCAUCAUGGAGUCUGGAGUGAUCAAUUUGCUAUGCAGCUUAACACAAAGCGACAGUCCUGCACUGAGGGUUAACGGCAUCUGGGCUCUCAUGAACAUGGCUUUCCAGGCUGAUCAAAAAGUCAAGGUGGAGAUCAUGAGAGCGCUCGGGACAGAACAACUUUUCCGGCUCCUCUCGGACCCCGACACCAACGUGCUCAUGAAGACCCUGGGACUGUUACGCAAUCUGCUCUCGACACGACCGCACAUAGACCAGAUCAUGAGCUCCCAUGGGAAGCAGAUCAUGCAGGCAGUCACACUGAUCCUGGAGGGAGAGCACAGCAUAGAGGUUAAAGAACAGACGUUGUGCAUACUGGCCAACAUCGCCGACGGAAACACAGCCAAGGAGCUCAUCAUGACGAACGACGACAUGCUUCAGAAAGUCAAGUACUACAUGGGGCAUUCCAAUGUGAAGCUCCAGCUGGCUGCCACCUUCUGCAUUUCCAACCUGGUGUGGAACGAGGAGGACGGUGAGGGUGGAAGAAAAAACGGUUCCCAAGAAAGACAAGAUAAAUUGCGGGAAAUGGGUUUUGUAGAUAUUUUACACAAACUCACCCAAGCAUCAGAUUCUAACCUCAGUGACAGAGCAAAGACAGCGAUGCAGCAGUACUUGGCAUGACCCCGAGCGAAGGCAGCCAUGACUGAGAGGAUUGACGUCCCCUAGCCUCUCUUUUCUUUUGAGUUUUUUUUGGUUUUGUUGUUGUUGUUGCACAAGACACCUUUCGAACCUGCGGAGAAUCUUUCACACAAUGCGAUAAACUAGAGAUCUGAUUGCCAGGGGCAAUGGAACGCUUGCGGAGAUGUCUUCUACUUUUUUGUGCUGAACUCAUAGAAGAUGGGUUUUGUGGCUUUUUUUCUGUUGGGUUGAAAUUUUUUUUUGGGGGGGGAUUUUGAAAAGUGAUUCGGUAAAAAAAGAAAACCCUGCAAAAAAAAGGACUUUGAUCUGCUUGUGCUGCAGUGCCACCCGGUGGUUUGGAUGCUUUGGUGCUUCGGACUUCGUCUCACACUGCUAAGCUGAACAGACUAACGGCAGGGUGAAAGGGAGCGCCGUCUCCUGAUUUCAGUUGGCUGACUUGUUAUUGUUCUUAUCAUAAUUAUUAACAUUAAUUAUUAAUGAAAAAAAAAAGACUGCUUUUUGUGGACACAUACCUCGUAAAUAUUUCUCGCUCUCUAAAUAUAUAUAUAUAAAUAUAUAUAAAUAUAUUUUUUGAUUUAUAAACCCCUCCCCCCAGAUUUUUUUUUCGUGUGUUUUUUUUUCCAUUAAAUGAUCAUUUGUAUGAUUAUUACUGAAUUGUUUGACGAUAUGAAGCAGGAGCUGUGAAAACUGUUCUUGUGGGGGUGAAUUGAGCAGACCUGCAUUAAAAAUAAUAUAAAUAUGUAAAAAAAAAAAAAAAAGUCACCAAACAUAAAAGUGUGCUUCAAAUGCCUUUAAUUUCUGCUUUGCAACUUGCAUCUCCAGACUGGACAAUUCUUCUUAUUUCUUCACUAAUUUAUGAAAUUAGUUUAUUGAUUGAAAUUAUUUUUAAUGACGUUCUGUGAACGUUCCCCCCGGCACCUGUUACCUGAAUUGCAGAAUAUAUAUCGAAGACUGGGACUAACAGGUGGGAAGCUUCUGCUGUUGGUUGUACUGUUGUACUUGUUGUUCUCUUGAGCAGAGUCUGCCUCAGUUUUUCCUUUAACCUCCAGCGUUCACUCCUUUCUUUUGGAAAUUGACAUUGAAUGUUCCCAUUGAAAUAUAUGCAGACCACUGCCACGGAGCCGGC